GGGCUUUGGCAAGUACUGCCAGCGAAGUUUCUCUGUGGAGAUCCGGAUCUUCAGUGUCAGUGAGUGGUCUCUUUUCCCAUGGUUGUACUUCUUCAAAGCUCAACCCCCUGGUUAAUUUUUGCUAGAACAAGUUGUAGAACCCCACCCCCCAGCUCACCAAAUUAGUGCUUUUAGAACCACUUUUGAGGGCUUCAAUUCUUCAAACACCUCAAUUUUUCUUCCUUGAAAAUCAAAAAGUUGGAAGAGGGGAAUUUCAGGUGGGUAAGUCCCAAUUUGCUGUACAGUAAGAGAUUUUAAGAGAUUCAGUAGUCCAAGCACUUUUGUUGAGAUAGAUCAGGGCUAAAAUUGGUAACCUUUUAUGGGUAAAGGAGGGGGUUGUGUGCCGAGCAAGAAGAGGUCAUCUUUGGGUGCAUCCGAUCAUGAUGCGCCAAACCCAGCAAGGGAUGAAGGUUCGGUCCCAAUCGAGAGCCCUAGCCCCGAUGCAAGUGCCCCAGUUCAAGAUGGGGCUCUGCAAGCAUUGGACAAGAAAUUGAGAAUAUUCAUUGUGUUCUAUUCAAUGUACGGUCAUGUGGAGGGUUUGGCAAGGAGGAUAAAGAAAGGGGUUGAUGGGAUUGAUGGGGUUGAAGGGGUGCUGUACCGGGUUCCGGAAACAUUGUCUGAGGAGGUUUUGGAUCAGAUGAAAGUGCCUCCCAAGGAUGAUGACAUUCCAUUGAUAUCAGUGGAGGAGUUGGUUGAGGCUGAUGGACUGUUGUUCGGGUUCCCAACAAGGUACGGUUGUAUGUCUGCGCAAAUGAAGGCGUUUUUCGAUUCAACAGGGCAGUUGUGGAGGGAGCAGAAGCUUGCCGGCGUGCCUGCAGGGUUCUUUGUGAGUACAGGAACACAAGGAGGCGGCCAAGAGACCACAGCGUGGACAGCAAUCACUCAACUAGCCCACCAUGGUAUGCUCUAUGUUCCAAUUGGAUACACCUUUGGAGCUGGAAUGUUUAGAAUGGACUCCAUUCGAGGAGGCUCGCCUUACGGUGCUGGCAUUUUAGCUGGGGACGGCACCAGGGAGCCGAGCGAAACAGAGCUGGCACUGGCAGAGCAUCAGGGCAGAUACAUGGCAAUGAUGGUUAAGAGGCUUGGCCUUGGCCAGUCCUGGGCAGUUGCUGCUGAUAAGUAGCUGUGAUUCUGAAACCAGCAGCCUCGGUAGCCCUAGCUCUCUAAAUUCUUUCUACAUAUAUAUAUAUAUAUAUAUAUUGGGGGGGGGGGGUGUUUGGACAAGUGUGUUUAUCAGUUCAAGCUUGGGAAAGCCAACAAAGGCAUCAUUCUUUUAUUUUGGAAAUUUGAAUCAUUAUGUUCUUGAAUUCUGCUUCCAGUGUGCUGUACGUGGUCUUUUAUUCUUGUGGAAGUGGGACUGUAUUAUUCUCAAUAAGAUUGUAGGUUAUGCAAAACUUAUUACUUUUAGUUCCAUUUCUUUGAUGAUUAUUGAAUGAACUUAGUUUUCAAAAAAUUACAUCCUUAAUGCCAAGAAAGAUUUUCACUUUUUGAGAAUUAAAAAAAGUCAGUCUUUAUAUGCAACUUUUACCCCUGCUUGUUUAAAAAGAAAAAAAAAAAAGAUAUUUCCGCAACUCAAAGCACAACUUUGCCUUAAACAAAUUUACCAAUGCUACCAAAGGCUCAAACCUGUGACCACCUCUGGAUUUCGUUAUGCUGCUUGAAAAGAAAUUUGUAUUAUGAAUUUACUUUUGCAUUCUACUCUACCAACAAAUUGCUUGGGGGGAAAAAACCAGUUUUGCAUCAGCAAAAAAUGUAUUGUGAAUGAGUGAUCUCUUUUCAAUUCUGGAAGGGCUAUGUCCAUAUUAAGACUGCAUGCUAAGCUCAGUCAGUACCUUGACAUGGUUACAUACAGGAUAUCGAUAUCAAAUUUUGCAAUAGCUCAAACCAUUCUAAAUGCAUAGAAACAAAGAAAGAUUGAAUGACCACAAUCCACCCAGCUGUUUUAACUAUUCAAUUUAGACCCAAAAAAUAAAGAGAGAGAGAGAGAACGAGACAAACAUAUGACAGGUUACACCAAGAUACGGACACAACGCUUGACGCUUUCCAAGGAUUGAUGAGUUUCCCUAACAAUACAUGGAGGGG